AAUGGUUGAAGUGGUUUGUGAAAGGGGUUAGGAGUUGUUGCAUUGUUUUACAGGGGUUUUUCCUUUUUGAGGGUGGGGGGGAUUCUUCAGUAAAAAAAAAAAAUCCUACCCUGUGGCCCCCACCCCCUCCACCCGUCAUUGUUUAGGGGGAAUAGGUUGCCAGCCCCCUUUUGUUUACCUCCCUCUCCCGCUUUCCCUCUCGCUGCGCAGUUUCUGCUUUUCACAGCAUUUUGCAUGAAAGUGGCAAUCUGUGAAGAUUACCUAGUUUGAGGGCUAAAAAAAAGAUACUGUAGUUUGGGUGCUAAUUUUGACUCAAGGCAGAGCUGAAGACAUGGGCUCCGUUUCUAACCAGGAAUUCCCAGGCGUUUGUAAGACCGAGGAGGAUGAAGGACCGAGCACCGAGGAGGAUUCACAGUCUUUCCAUGGGGUCGGCGUGUGUAAAUGGUUCAACGUCCGCAUGGGCUUCGGGUUCCUGUCCAUGACCAACCGGGAGGGAGAGCCACUGAACGAACCGGUCGAUGUAUUCGUCCAUCAGAGCAAGUUGCACAUGGAUGGCUUCCGCAGCCUGAAGGAAGGCGAGGCAGUCGAGUUUACCUUCAAGAAGUCAUCAAAGGGCCUGGAGUCACAGAAUGUUACUGGGCCAGGUGGCAUCCACUGUGUGGGCAGUGAAAGGAGACCCAAAGGCAAGAAGGUCCAGAAGCGACGUUCAAAGGGAGAUAGGUGCUACAACUGCGGAGGCCUUGACCACCAUGCCAAAGAGUGCAAGUUACCACCCCAGCCCAAGAAGUGCCAUUUCUGCCAGAGCAUUGACCACAUGGUUGCCAACUGCCCAAUCAAAGCACAACAGUCCUCACCGGGUUCUCAGGGAAAACCGUCCCCCUCGAAAGGAGACAAAGAGGAGCACAGCCACUCAGCACCGCCCCCGGAGACCUCAGAUUAAACGGGGAACUGGGCAACACUGACGCCGGGGAAGCACAGAGGCCAAUCAAACUGCUUUGAUGGAGAGACGGGACACACGGAUCCCUUCCGCCUGUCGAGGCUGCUUUUGGAACUACCUCAGGUUAAAAGAAAUGCUGAUGAAGAAUGUUGCUGAAUUGUUUUUGUUUGUUUUCAGUUGGUGUAACACUCAGGAAUACUGCUGUAUUAUUGCACUCAGGUCGCUUUCUUAAUGUUUGAAUCAUUGCUGGGAUUUGAGAUUGUAGUGAGCAAUGCCAUAUAACUGAUUAAUUUGAGUUUUUUUAGGAUCUGUUUUCUUUUAUGUGAAACUGUGCCCCUUCUGUGGGCACUAUACCUCUUCUGUUUUUGCAAAAUACUCAGUGUGAUUAGUAUAGAGCUACACUUUUGCUGCCUUACCAUUUAGUCUCCGUUCUGACUGUUACAUCUCACUAUCCGACAAGGCAGAUGCGUGACAGUUGGUACCUCUGUAAUGAAUGUUAGUUUGCAUAUCGCAUGGGGAGUGGGAGGGUUUGUGAAAACACAUGGGACGGGUUUUAGGGUAUAGCUAUAGGCAAUGUAUUGGCAUCUGCCAGUAUCGCAAUUGACCAUCCAGUUUUCCUGGGGCCAAAUGAAUGUCAGACCAGAAGUGAUUUCCAGCUUUUGGUCAGAGUUAUUUUUUGUCAUUUCAUUACUUUCAUCCACCUUUAGACAGUUUUGCCAGCUGUCUAAAUGUGCUCGUUCUACCUCAUUGGUGCAUGUUUGGUUUGCUACUUAAACUGUCAUUCAAACCGCUGAUGGUAAACCAAAUAUUCUCAGAAUACAGCUUUGGAGAUUGUGAUUUGAAUUGGGAUUAAAUCAAAUCCUUUUUGAACUACAGUAUUUACACAGCACUGCCAUUAGUUGUAACAAACCCCUUUACACUUGACACGCCCUGAAUAUUGUAAAUUUCAGUUUCAGAAGAAAAGAGAAAUGGUUAGACCCAGACGCCAGAGAGGUGUUGGGAGAGGGUGUUUCAAAAGCUUGUGGACCAUGUAACAAGCACUUCUGAUGAAGCGUACUGGCCACUGAAAUCUCUUGAACCUCUGACUUCACAACCCAAUCACCAGAAAAAUAUCUGGCAUUGCACAUUUCUGCAAACCACUGGUGCACUACAUUUGUACGUCAUCAUGUAGCGGAUAUGUUGAAACUUGAUGUUUCAACAACACUGCCUAUUGUGUGGUUAGGAUUACACACAAAAAACACUUGGUUAUGGUUAGAAAAAUGUGUUUUGGCUUGAAACACCCAGUUUGGGAGGGAACAAUCCAGGCAGGAAAAGCAGUGAUGUCUUGGUAAAAAACACAACCACUUUUUUUGCAUACUACUCCCUGCAAAAACAGCGAAAGAUCGCUACAAAACACCCACGUCUGGUGCCUGAACAUCUGCUGAAAAUACAGCAAUAACUGACUGAAUCACAGCCAGUGUUGGUGUUCGGUCUCAAACCUCCGGAUAACAGUCAACUCAUAUAAAUUACGUCACUUUAGGAACCCUUAUAUAUACCUAUGAAACAUGCAAAUGUAAUGUAUUCUUGGUUUGUAGAAAUGUACAAUGCCAAAAUUUUCUCCUGGCAAUUGGCCGGACCACACUCCAGCUGGAUGUGGUCGGUUGUACUUCGCUGUGUGAGGUAGCAUGGCACCAUUGUUCCACUCUACAUCACAGCUGCUCUGAGUGCCAACAAACAUGUUGUCACCACUAUUUAGCAGACUGCAUGUAGUUCAAGUCUCGACGAGAGAGGGCAGCAAAACACUGUUUACUACCUGGUGUUAAGUUGCUUUUUAACCUUUCUGGGAGCUUUCCAUCUACAGUAUUUCCUCAUUUCAUUGGCUGCUGUGUGAAAACUGCUGUUUCAUAAUUACCUCAACUUGGAUUUGAUCGAAAACCAACCAGCAUGAUACUAAAACCCAAAACAUCAUCACUACUAGUAAGAUACUUGACCUGGACUGAGUUACUGAGGGGUCCAGCUAGCUCUCCUCUUCAUACUUGAAUAAACUGAGGCAGAAUCAGACAUGAUGUUGCCAGUGGGACGGCUGGUGUUUUUGUUUAUAUCCAGUGUGAUCCAUUUCUAGGUAGUUUAUUUAAGACAUUACCUCCCUAUGACCCUUAGUAGGGUAAUAGUUCAGGAGCACCAAGCCUGCACGGAGGAGCAUGUAGAACUAGCUAGCUAAUCAGCAUUUUACUCCCGUUUUACAGGAGAAGCUGACGUGACUUUUACACCCAAUUAAUAUAUAUGUAAAAUUAUUCUAAAGCCUUUUUAAAAAAAAAUCAUACUACUUAUUUAUUUUCAUCCAAGAGUGCUGCCGCUUCUCCCUCUGCUUCUGUUGAAGCCUCUCAGCAAUGAAUGUUCAAGGAGAUAUCAGGAAACUGUAAUUCAAAGCUAUAUAUGACAUGAGAAUAUAUUUGGGUAACACGUUUUAACAUCAAGGUACUCAUGUUACUUUGUAUAUAUGUGCUUGAUAAAUCACUGUCAUUGUCCUUUUACAGUAAUUAAAUGCAGUAUGAAUACAGUCUAACAGUAAUAUAUUGCAACAUAUGAGUGAAAAUAUACAGUACAUACUGUACAGGGACAUAGUAUUUUGAGGACUGACGUUAACUGUGAGUUUAUUUUCUUUGCCUUGAAUGAUUUUCUUUUUUUUAUUCUUUAUUUUUGUGCACAAUGAGCCUUUCAGAAGAGAGGCCCAUUGUUGUUCUUUUCUAUCUAUGCCAAAACCAAUGCAAUGUUACUCUGCACUAAUCAUGUGUAAGAUGCAUUAAUUAUUUUUUUAUAUUCAGUUUAAUCUCUUUUUGAAUAUAUGUUCCAUAUUUUAUAUUAUAUAUAUUUUUUUUUAGAUUUUCAUAAACCACAUACAGUCGUGUUGCUUGUUAGGGAAAGAUAAAACAACUCCACUCUUAGGCUCAUCUCAGGAAAUGCCAAUCUGAAAUCUCAGGGAAUACUUCAGAUUGAUUGGAAGGAGUCGAGGAGUGUUUAUUCAGGAUAACGUAGGGACUGAAUGUUCAUCCACAUGAUGUGAAGCAUAGGACAAAGAUGCAAAAGUAAAGAGUUUGGGAAUUAGUGCAACAGUUUCUCUGUUAAAUUACAAGAUAAGCAACGAUUACAAAUGAUGUGAAACAGUUGAAAUUAACAAGCUUUUUUUACUCUGCAUCUUUCCAAGCGCUCAUUGUGAUGAUAUCUUUAUAUUUUCUCCUCUUUUACAUAACUUUGCCAUGUUAUGACAUGAUAUGAAGAAAAUGUUCCACUAUUAUUGUAUUUUUUUUCCUCUGUAAUCGUUGUAGAUGGGGAUGUAGUAGAAUAUUGUUAAAGGGAUUGGGGCUAGUAGUAUAUAACCCGGGGUUGUCUCAUCUCAACACAUGGCCGAUACUUGGUGUUUCAGACUAUCAAUGCUUAUGACAAAAAGAAUGUGUCAUGGAUGACUUAACACUCAAAUAUUGUUUCAUACUCUGCUGUUUAUAUACAUGUAUUAGUUGAUUAAAAAAUGACUUUUGAUAAUGUUUCUCAGGAUAUGAAAGGAUGGAAAGAUUGUUAAAGUAAGUGCUCUGAUUAGAUGGAAUGGUUUACUUUUCUGUGUAUUUUUAUGUUGAUGUCACCACUUAUGAUUGCAGUGCCAGUAUAUCCUCUAACUUGAACACUUUUCCUUUCUUUGCAUUUAAAAAGGGACACACAUGGAUCAAUUAACUGUCUUACAAAAUCCCUGAAACCACUGACUAACUCAUCUGUCUACCCUUUAGUUCGAUUCUGACACACUAUUUAGAUACUGGUUGAAUGUUUGGUAAUGUCUGCAAUAUUCUGCUGUACGUAUCAUUUGGAAACUAAAGUCCACGAAAGACAUUCUGAUUGCAACAAUUCUGUUCGACCCCUCAGUGGUGUGUUAUUGUGAUAUGAUUGUCAGGUGUUAGAUGAGUCAGAUAUACCUUGAAAAUCCAAGGACUUGUACGACUGCGUGCUCAGGACGACAUCUGAAACACAUCAAAGCAUUCUGUAUCACAGUUUGCGUUAUGUGAGCUUUUUGUGGUACAUCUUGAUUAUGACCAUCAGCCAUUCAAUCUGUGGUGCUGUAUCAUCAGAUAAAUGGCUAGAGCUACUUCCCAAAAAAAUGUGCAUUUAUUACUGAUGAAUGUAUUAAUGUUUACUGCCAUAAAACUGUAUCACGAUCCAUCUUAUCUUAAUGGCUAGUUUGUCAAUGAUGAGCAGCAUGUAGGCUUUUCAAAGUAUUACUGUGAUUAUGUUUCUAUAUGUAAAGAUCUGCUCCAUUUCCUAGUAAAUAUGUCAAUAUUCA